AUGUGGAAACUCAAGGUCGCCGAAGGCCAUGGGCCAUGGUUGUUCAGCACCAACAACUUUCUUGGUAGACAAAUUUGGGAGUAUGAUCCUGAUCUCGGGACUCCAACGGAGCGAGCACAAGUUGAAAAAGCUCGGGAAGAAUAUCGUAAGAAUCGAUUCAGAAUUAGACCUAGCAGUGAUAUUCUGGUUCGAAUGCAGCUCAUCAAAGAAAACCAGAUUGAUCUGACCAUACCCCCAGUGGAAAUCGGAGAAACUGAAGAAGUCACCCAUGAAAUAGUUACAACGUCUUUGACUAAAGCCGUUCGAUUACUUUCAGCCAUCCAAGCUCACGAUGGCCACUGGCCUUCAGAAAAUUCAGGUCCAUUGAUUUAUACAACUCCCAUGGUAAGUUCUCUUUAUAUUCGUGUUAGGGUGUGUUUGUUUUGCGGAUAA